AUGCGCUAUGCCGCUAUGGCCCUUUUGCGCUAUGGUGCGCUAUGCGCCAUAAACAACUUUGAACUGUUCUACUUUCCUAAUCUCUCAAUUGUAGAUAUGAAUGUUGCUGUUAACAUUGAGGAUCUUAUUAAACUCUGCAAUGAUGCUUUCCUGCCUGCUCCGCUAGGUCUUGUAUAUUGCAUGGAUUACUUAGAGAAAAACAUUGACUGGUUGGAGUCCAAAUUGAAACCUUUUCUCAAAGACCACUAUCUUCUGUUUGAUUUCCCUGGUCAAGUGGAAUUAUUUUUCCUCCAUUCAAAUGCAAAGAAAGUUAUUAACAAACUCCCCAUUCUUCUUGAACAUAAUGGGCUUUCUUCCAUGCAGUUGACUGCUGUGCACUUAGUUGAUGCACACCUUUGCAGUGAUCCUGGGAAGUAUGUGAGUGCAUUACUUCUCUCUCUAUCAACAAUGUUACAUCUGGAGCUUCCUCACAUCAAUGUUUUAUCCAAAAUUGAUCUCAUUGAGAGCUAUGGAAAACUAGGCAAGUCCAGCAUUUGA